AUCUAUUAAUAUUGACAUUUUUUAAAGGUAAAUCUGUUGCCAAUUGCGUAGGUGCUUUUUUUUUUUCUUGGAUGGAAACUGUAACCAUGUUUUAUUUUAAAUGUCAAUCACUUUUAUUUUUGCACGAUGCUGUAUUGUUGACAAGCGAAAUACUUGAAAGACACCGACUAUGCUUUUCGGUUUAUGAUCUAUAAAUCACGAUGACCAAUAAAUUAAAGCAGCGGAAGAAAACUGAAAACUCUUCGAAAGAAAGUGAUUCCAAUGGCCGUCAUUCAGAAGCGAUAUAUAAUACCGAAACUAGUUUGGACAACAACGUGUCACUUUCUGCCACUGAAGGAGACGAAAAGAAGAAAUUAAAUUCUUCCGAUCACUGUGAUAAUUCAAAAAAAGUUUCUCCAAAAAAUGGUAUUGAAAUGCUCACAAAAAAGAAAGCCUUGCAGGUAAAAGAAGCAAAUUUAGACUCAUUUUCUGAUGAGGAGGAGGAUUUACCUAGUGCCUUUUUCAACAAAAAUGUUAAACCACCAGCUUUUCACUUUGAAAUUGAUGCAGCUGCUUUGACAAUGUUUGUAAUUGCCAUAUGCACUCGUAUGUGGCGAUUAGAAGAUCCUAAAAGCAUUGUUUUUGAUGAAUUGCAUUAUGGAAAGUUUGCUAGCAUGUACAUGAAACGGACAUUUUUCUUUGAUUCUCAUCCUCCUCUUGGUAAACAACUUGUAGCUCUUGCUGGUUACCUUACUGGGUUUGAUGGUAAUGCACAGUUUGAUCGCAUUGGUGGAGAUUAUUCUGAACAUGUUCCAGUUCGAGCUUUACGUGCUGUUCCUGCAUUUUUUGGCAGUCUACUUAUCCCAACAGUUUAUUACUUAAUCAUUGAAUUAGGUUUCACAAGCAGGACUGCCAUGCUGGCUGGCAUACUAAUUAUUUUUGAAAAUGCAUAUUUGACUCAAUCACGUUUUAUUUUGAUGGAAAGUAUGCUGAUUUGGUUUUCAGCAUUUGGUUUAUUAGCCUACUUAAAAUUCAGGAAGAUUUCCAGGCCCUUUAGUACUCAGUGGUGGGCCUGGUUGAUUACAUGUAGUGUUUCACUUACAUGUGCUAUAUGUGUCAAAUACUCAGGGAUUUUCUCAGCAUUCUUAGUAGUUGGUUUACUCAUCUCUGAUUACUGGAAGAUGAUAUCUGAUAGAAGUCUUAGUUUUGUGAAGUUAUUGGCUCAUUUGUUUGUGAGAUUUAUAGCAGUGUUCAUUAUACCCAUGUGCAUUUAUCUGUUAGUUUUUUAUAUCCAUUUAAAUGUUCUGACAAAAGCUGGUCCACAUGAUAAUAUUAUGACAAGUGGAUUUCAAGCUAGUUUAGAAGGUGGUUUGGCAUCUAUUACUAAGGGACAGCCACUGGAAAUAGCGCAUGGAUCUCAAAUUACCUUACGCCAUACGCAUGGGCGCGCAUGUUGGUUACAUUCUCAUCCACAUGUGUAUCCUCUCCGUUAUCCAGAUAAAAGAGGAAGCUCUCAUCAGCAACAAGUUACAUGUUACAGUUUCAAAGAUGUUAAUAAUUGGUGGAUUGUUAAACGUCCUAAUGUGCCUGAUUUGGUGGUUUCAGAUCCUAUUGAUAAAAUCAAACAUGGGGAUGUAAUUCAGAUUAUCCAUGGUAUGACCAGUCGUCCUCUCAACAGCCAUGAUGUUGCUGCUCCAAUGUCACCUCAGAAUCAAGAAGUGUCUUGUUAUAUUGAUUAUAAUAUUUCAUUUCCUGCUCAAGAUUUAUGGAAAGUUGAAGUGCUUAAUAGAGAAACUGAAGGUGAUGUAUGGCACACAAUCCAUUCCCAUGUGCGUUUUAUCCAUACAACUUCUGGUCAAGCAUUGAAAUUUAGUGGAAAGCAAUUGCCAGAAUGGGGAUUUAAUCAGCAUGAAAUUGUCACAGAUCGUGUUGUUAACCAAGAUGACACUAUUUGGAAUGUUGAAGAACAUCGUUACACUAAAAAGGCUGAUCAAAAAGAAAGAGAGCGUGAUAUGGGAAUGGCAGAAUUUGUACCUCUGCAGCCAACAAAAUUAUCAUUUUUUGAAAAAAUGUGGGAAUUACAGUACAAGAUGUUUACUACUAAUAGUGAAAAUGUGCAAGAUCACAUUUAUAGUUCGACAGCAUUUGAUUGGUUAUUCCUAACACGUGGUAUUGCAUAUUGGGUUAGUCCUCAUAGUAAUGCUCAAAUACAUCUGCUUGGUAACAUAACUACAUGGUAUAGUGCAACUUUGGCUUUGGGCUUAUACUUAUUUGUUUUUGUUUAUUAUUUACUGCGUCGGCGCAGGCAAUGUUAUGACAUACCUGAAGAUGUAUGGAAUAAAUUUUGUAUUGCUGGCAAAGUAUGCAUAUUAGGGUAUCUCCUGCAUUUUAUACCAUAUUUUUUUGUUGAUCGCACAUUAUUCCUUCAUCAUUAUUUACCAGCAUAUUUUUUUAAAUUGCUGCUUUUGGUUACAUUGAUAGAACACAUUAGUUGCUUAGUUUGCCUUAUUAAAUACAGUUUUCUACAACGCACAUUUUUACGUAUUUUUAUCGGAGUUAUUGUUAUUUGGGUUGGAAUUGUGCUGUAUACAUUUAGAGCUUUUGUUCCAUUUAGUUAUGGAACAUAUCCUUUGUCUUCUCAACAAGUUCUUCAGCUGCGCUGGAAGGAUACAUGGGAUUUUAUCAUUCAUGUUCCAUAAAGUGAUAAAUGUGAUUUGUUUUAUGUAUCGAGAUUUCUGUAAAGAUAGCAUUUUAAAAUUGCAGCAAUCUGCAUAGAUGUUUCUAUUUCAUGUGGUUAUCCAUUAAUAUGGAAUUUUGGAACAUGACUAAAAGCCAUUUUGCAUUUCAUUUUAAUAAAUGAAAAUUGAAUAUCUUUACAUAAAAUUUAGAGUGGUAAUCUUUACAUAAAAUGUAGUGUAAUAUCUUUACAUAAAAUUGUUUUUCCUCCCAUAUAGCCUUAAAGAAAUAAAAUUUACUAUGCCUCUUUUAUACAAUAGCAGGUAGACGAAAAAAAACAACUGUGUUAUCAUUAUACUCAUAAAAGGAAUACUUAUUUUAAUUUUAUUUGAAUCUCAGUUGAUUUUUUUUUUUUUUUU